AAGCAAAGCAAAGAGAGAGAGAGAGCGAGAGAGAGAGAGAGAGAGAGAGAGAGAGAGAGAGAGAGAUCAAAGUGAGUAGACUGAACUAAAGAGAACAAGAGAGAGGGCAAGAAAGUAAAACAGAAAGAGAGAGAAAAGUGGGUGGACUGUACUAAGAAAGAAAGAGAGAGGGACAGAGAGAGAGAGAGAGAGAGAGAGAGAGACAGAGAGAGAGAGAGAGAGAGAGAGAGAGAGAGAGGGAGAGAGAGAGAGAGAGCACAGUAUACAAGGACGAUCACUUGAAAGCAAAAAGCAAACCAAUUUGAACACGUCUUGAAAACUGUAACCUGAAGUCUGAUGAAGAUCUAGAGCUGGAGUUUAAGUCUUAAGAAAAGAACUUAAGACCCAGUGUGACUAAAAAGCACGUGCGCACAUGGCCAUGUCGUGGUUCGGCUGGAGCGAGCCCCAGUACCGGAGCGCACGGCGCGAGCCGGCUGAGGUGGUGACGGACACGCUGAUGCUCGAACUCAGCUGGCAGAUGAAAGAGGCGGAGAGACUGCAGCGCGAGCGCGAUAACGAGUACCGGCGACUGCGCACCGGAGUGGACUACAGCUGGCUGGUGAGCGCGCCGCGCGUGUCCUACGACAUCAGCCACGGAGAGAGACUGGCGCUCGAAGACCUGUGCAGCAAAGUCCAUCCGCCCUACUGCGGAGCCGUGAUCCUCCGAUUUCGUCAGGUUCUGACAGAGAACGAGCCAGAGGUGCAAGAGGUUUCUGGUCUUUUCCGCGCUGUUCUUCUUGAGACACUGGAGCGCAUUCAGGAGGAGAAGGAGGCACAGCGCUUGGCUCGACAGUGGAACAACAAGCGCUCCAUCAGUCUGUCCAUGCUUACAUUUAAAUCCAGAAUGAGAAUAAAUCCAUUUGGCAGCUCUGUUGCUCUCACCUCUAGCAGUUCUGGAUUAGAGGAAGUCCACACCAUAUCUCAGGAUGUUGAAAAAGGACUUGGACACACAGCUGAUAAACGUGUGUUUAGCAUGCCUGAUUUCAGACACAAAGGCAUUAAUGGCCAUGUGUGAUGGAUGUUUGAACUCCAAAAACACAACUUCAUGGAUGGAGCUGCACAAGGGAUUAAAAAAAAAACCUUACAAGGUAAAUUCAUGAUGUAAUAACCACCAAACACACCACUUUCCAUUUUCUUUUUUAAAAAACACAACAAUAAAUAAUCUUUUAAUUUCAUUUACAAUAGAAAAAUGGUAAUGUUAAUAUUUCUCUAAUACUUUCAUACCGAUGGUAUCGUAACACUCCUGCUGAAUUUCCAAAGACUCUCUGGCACUUACUGUCCUAUGUGAAUGCCAUUGGUCUGGUUUAAGUUUAAAGAGAAAAAAAUUGUGAAAUUAAAUGCAGAUCCAAUAAUAAUAGUCAAUUCCAGUGAAGGAUGUUUUCAGGGGCUGGUUUGUAUGGCAUUUAGCAAUCUGUACCCAAUAAACUACUUUUUAAAUGGCAAAAUAAAAAGUAUUUUCUGAGAUACAAACCUAAAGAUUACAUACGGAAACUGAGAAUCAUGUGCAAAAUGUUCACUAGGUUUAAAUCCAUGUAUUGUUUUUUAUUUUUAAAUAGUAACAUUUUCUGUAUGUUAAUGAUUCAGUAUUAGUGUAGGUCUUUUAGUGUCUGUGUAUUGUCAUAUGUGAUUUUUUAAGCAAAUGAUAAAUAAAAGUGAUGAAAUUC